GAAAAAUCUUUAUUAUUCAGGGAUUUAAAAAAAUCCAAGUAAUAUUAGCCAUCAAGAAAAUACAAGAGAAGAAGAGAAAUUCAUGUGCAAUGAAUUCUAUAGAAACAGAAUAUAUAAAUACAUAUACAGUAUUUCAAUGAUUACUAGAAAAUUUUUCUUGUGUUUUUUUUACAGGGCUUGGAAGCCAGUGAAGUGAGUUUUCAUAAUGAGCGUAUUAACAUAUAUCAAAUUGUUUUCUGGCCCCUGGGUAGAAACCCUCUGUGAGAGAAAAAAAAGGAAGAGGGAGAAAAGACAGGAGGGCUUGUGAGUGCGUCAGAUACCCUGUGAGAGAGUUGGCCCAGUUAAAGUUCCCUGCCACAUAUGUCAAACGGUCUUGUUUGCAAAGGCUAGUGUUUAAGUGUGGAUCUGCUGAGCUUCUCAUCUCCUAGCUGGCUGCUUUACUCUGCUCUACUCUGCUGGGCUUGAAUAACUGAUAAAGGUAUGUACUGUCUGGGUCAGGGGCAUUGCUGCUUUGUGUGCAUGGCAUUUGUAUUUAUUAAAUAUAGUAGAGACUGUGAUGAAUGUGAGAUUAAUUAAGCAAUAAGAAUGGUAAUUCUACAUUUUCAUUGAUGCUAGUAGAGAAUAUUACAUUUAUAACUUUCCAUUGUGAAUUAGAAUGUCAAAUUAAAUAAUUAUAUUGAUAACAGAUACUUGUGUAAAAACAUUGUUUCAGCUAUAGGCUUCCUAUAAUUUUUCACAGUUUAGGUAUGACUAUGUGUGUUAAAAUGAACAAGUUUCAUGACAACAUUCUGACUGUACAAUUUACAUAUUAAUUAAAUAUUGAUAGUGAUUUGCAUAUAUUAUAUUGUCACUGUAUAAGGUUCUUGCUAUCAGUAUCUACUGUAUAUUUUUUGCCCAACUACAAACAAACUACAGUUAAGAAUGUAGCAUUUGUAUUCUCUUGACCUCCUCUGUAAACUUGAUUCUGACUUAUAAUCAUGAAUUAAUUCAUUAUACAUUGAUAAGUAUGUUCAUAGAGUUCAGACAACACUUUGCACGGGAAUUAGAAAGAUUACUUAAUAGAAGCUUUCUCCCCAAUAAUUGUUGCUCUUUUGACUCCUAAUAUUGUAGCUUAUGAUAGUUUCUAAAAACAUAUAUAUUUAUUCAUCAUGUUUUCCCUCCUUUCCCCACUCAACAGAAGUAUACUAGAACCAUGUGCUAUCAAAACCCCAUCCAGAGGGUAGAGAUGGGUGCUGCUUGUGCUCAGCUCCUCUUCGCUGCCAUCUUCUGGUCAAUGCCUUACACUGGAGCUGCUGCUGUGCUGUCUCUGUCCAAAUCCAACCAGACAGACCUUCUCCAACUAACUAGGUCUGCCUUCGAGGCAGAGUCUGACUGGAGUAAUCGGAAUCUUACUAGCAUCGACAUGCCUCGUAGCCGAAGGAGGAGAGCCAUCUCCUCCAGAGAAAUGAAUGCCUUGUUGGAUUAUCACAACCGUGUCCGCUCCCAGGUCUUCCCUCAAGCUGCCAACAUGGAGAUCAUGGUGUGGGAUGGGAAACUGGCAAAAUCAGCAGAUUCCUGGGCUUCCCGCUGCAUAUGGGAUCAUGGACCCUCACAGACCAUGAGAUAUAUGGGCCAAAACCUGUCCAUCAACUCUGGCAGAUACCGAUCAGUCAUUGAGCUGGUGAGGUCCUGGCAGGAUGAGAAAAACUCAUUCUCCUACCCCAACACAUGCAGUGGACCAGUUUGUUCCCACUAUACACAGAUGGUAUGGGCCAAUACCAAUAGGAUGGGAUGUGCCAUCAACAAGUGCUCAAACAUGAACGUGUAUGGGAGCUCUUGGAGAACAGCAGUGUUCCUGGUUUGCAACUACUCUAUCAAAGGGAACUGGGUUGGAGAGGCUCCCUACAAGAGUGGCAAACCAUGCUCUGCUUGUCCAUCAAAAUAUGGAGGUUCGUGUAACAGAAACCAGUGUUCCUCCGCUGGUUCAAAAGUCAAAGCCAAGAAACGAAAAAGAUAUUAAAACAAGUUGGACGUCAGUCACAUUUUCCCUGUUUUAAUGGAAGACUUUAAAUGAUUAACUGUUUCCUGUUGAACCAUUCCAUUGAUCUCAUAAAAAAAAAAAAAUGCCAGAGAAGAUGUGUGAGAUGCGAAGAAUUUCUAAAUAAUCAUAGUAAUUUAAAAAAACAAUAACUGGUUUUGCAAAGUUGGAAGUAACUAAAAAUGACAAAAAAAGUUUCUGUGAUUAAAUUACAGUACCACUAUUUUUGUGUUUAUUAUUAACAAGUUGUUUGAUGCACCACCCACCACCCACUGGAUGUUUAGGCAAGCCCCCCCCCCCCCCCCGGUCAUGAUGAUGUCAAUUCUCUCCUCUGCAUGGAAAUAAGCCUAAUUAUAAGCCUAAGGAACUUAAACUCUUGGGUUGCAAAGCUCCAUUUGGGGCCAGGACAUACAGAACCCAGCUACCUAAAACCACAAGGGAAUUAUGUUGCAUUCAUCUGAUUAUGUCCUCUAUUGAAAAUGUUGAGAAGAUGAGUUCAAUAUAUUUGUAGGUCUAUGCCAACGUGUUUGAUAAGUCCACAAACUGUUUGCACUGUUUUUGGUUGAUUAUUCGGAUUAUUCGAGUGACAUUUUGCGAAGCUAUAUGUAUUGAAAAUGAAGCACUUUUAUAGUUCACUGUUUUCUAUUUGUUUUUUUAGUUUUUUUAUUGUAUAAUACAUAUGUUUACUGUAAAUUUAGAGACAUAGAUCAUUUUUAUGAAUUGUUCUGUUGUAGACCAAUUAUCUUUUAUAACAUUGUAAUUCACUUAUUAGAGGUCAUGAUUGGCCUGAAAAUGACAACACUGUCAAGCAUUCUUUGAAUAAAAAAAAAGGAGUAGUGGGUGUUUUAAUGAA